ACAGUCUGCCGGUGCCAUGGUUACGCUUCCUGUUUAACACCGCAGCGUGCGCAGCUGGAGGGUUUGUAGAGAGGUCUGCGUGACCCAGAGCUGCAGGAUCGGGGCGUCUCCAAGGGCCGAGGCCCGGCUAUGGAAGAUGAUGAUGAUGUAAAACUUGAAGAAGAAAUAAAUAUAGAAUUGAGCAGAAUCAGUGUUACUUCCCUUGAAGCGGAUGAUUUCAACACUGAUUUAUCAGCAGAAGCUUGGAGUGAUGGUGAAACAACUUCAGAUGAAUUACCAGAAUCAGUUCUGUACUGUCUAAACUUUGUGAAGAACAGAAGUCAAAAUGCUGAAAAUUUUAUACUGCAAGACUUGGAAGAUGAAAAAACCACAAGUGAUAUCUAUCGAGUAAUUUCUAGCCCAGCUUCAGAGUACUUGGUAGAGUUGGCUUCUGAAUACAAUGAAGAUCCAGAUGCAUUGAAGAAGAGGAUACUGUCUGAAAUAGAAAAUGAAGAAUUGCAGACCAGUGCAACUUCGGACAGUAAUAGUCAACCCAUCAAUGAAGAUACAACUUGCAGUGUGGUUGCUGAUGAGCACUCUGUCACAGAUAAUUGUGACAUGACCAUUAGCUUUACUUACCAUGAAGUAGAGGAAAGGUGCAGGCAAGAAUUUGAGCUUUGGGAGGAGCGACAAAAAGAACUUGAAGACCAGAAAAGGAAAAAGCUGAAAGCUGAGCGGGAAAUAGAGGAAAAACAAAAUGAAGAGGAAAAGAAAAGAAGGCAACUAUAUCUGGAGGAAUUUGAGGCUGAAAGGAUGAAGUUAGAGGUGCUUCAUAAGCAGCAACAAGCUAUGAUGGAAGAUGAGUUACUGAAAGAAAAGGAAGUUUGGAGAGAGAAGUUUAGGCAACAUGAGGAAUUGAUCAAAAGACUACAGUUGCAAAUAGAAGAGGAAAAAAGGGCCUUUGAAGAGCAGAAAGCAAAAGAAAGACAACACUUGGCAGAGCAGUGGAAUACAGCAGCUGUGAAAAUCCAAGCUAGAUUUAGAGCAUUUAUCGUGUACAGAAAAUAUGCUCCUAUCUUAAAAGAAUGGAAAGCAGAAAUUAAAAGGAAGAAGGAACUGCAACAAACAAUGGAGAGAGAAAAGAGAGAAAAAGAAGAAAAAAUGAGGAGACGGAUGCAAGAAAGGAAGCAAAAAGAAGAGGAGGUGAGAAAGAGACAAGAAGAAAUAGAAAGACAAGCUCAUAUGGAACAGAUGAGGAGACGUGAGGAAUAUGAAAAGAAGAAAGUAAGUCUGAGGCUUGAACGAGAAAAAAGCCUGCAACUAGAAGGACCUAGAGGGCAACAAGGAGCAAAACAAAAAGAGAAAAUAGCAAUAAAUACAGAAAAUAGAGACAAAGACACACAAAAUACAAAGAAAGAAAAAGAGAGAGAAAAUAUAAAAGACCUAAGAGAACAGGAAAAGGAGCAGAAGAAACAGAUACUGGAAAUAAAAGAAGAGGAAGAGAAACCAGAAAAAAAACAUGUUGGAAAGAUACAAGAGGCAAAUAAUUUGGAGAAUCCAAAAGACAGAAAACAGACACCACCAAACUCUGAGAAGAAAGAAGAGUCUCGUGAAAAAAGUAAUGAAAAUGAAGAUGGGCAUGUGAUGACACAUACAGGAAAAAGUUGCCUACAAACUAUAGAUCUUGAUAAAAAUACAAAUACAAAUAUGCUGGAUAGAGAAGCCAUUGUUCUUGUAGCUAAUGAUGCAAUCGCAAAUAAGGAAAACAGUAUGCACAACAGUCAGUGGAAUUUGGAGGCCCAGCCAGAGAACAGGACCAGUGAACACAAAAUGCAAUCGUGUAAGUUUGAAACAAUUAAAACAGCAGAGGUUGUGAUGAAGGAAAUUCAAGAGGGAGUUGCUGAGGAUUGGGACAAAAGUGAGAGUGUAAUUAAGUAUUUUGAGAGGCCACUAACACUACUUGAUGAUGUUGAAAAGAAGAGGCUAAUGUGGAUGACAACGUGUAAACCCUGGUCUAAAAUUUAUAGGGAAAACCAAAGAAAGAAAGUCAUUAAAAGAAGCAGACCAAGAAAAACCUCAGCUAGUAAGAUGCCUCCAUUAAGUAUAGAAAUGAUUAUUCAGUGUGGCCCCUGGAAAGCCCUCCAACAGGUUACAACACUUACGCUUCAAGAUUUGUCUGGCUGUAGCCUCUCCACAUUGUCAGAAUGUUCAAAUCUUCAGUUAUUGACCCUUAGACGCUGUGGACUAACUGCACUGGAAGGACUCAGUAACUGCAAAGGCCUAAAGUAUAUUGAUGUGGAGGAAAACAAUAUUCAGACAAUAAGUUGUGAGAAUCUAGACAAUCUCUGCAUUUUAAUUCUGAAUAAAAAUCAACUUGCAUCACUUCAAGGCUUAGAUGGCUGCAGUGAUCUCAGGAAACUUGAACUGUCCUGCAAUAAAAUCACUCGAAUUGGUGGUUUAGAGUCAUUGAAAAAUCUCCAGCAACUAAUUGUGGACCACAAUCAGUUAAUUAGUACGAAAGGUCUUUGUGAUGUGCCAACUCUCAUGCACUUAGACUGCUCUUUUAAUCAUCUUACUCAACUUGAGGGCAUUGAGAAUUGUGGUCUGCUUCAGAUUCUGAAGUUACAAGGAAAUAAUCUAAGUGAGCUCCCUACGUUGGAAAAUCAUGUUCUGCUAAGAGAACUAUACUUGGAUGACAAUAGUAUUUCAACUAUGGAAACAUUUUCUUUUUAUUGGCUGCCUCUGCUACAGAUCCUUUCUCUAUCACAAAACAGUUUGACUCAGCUUGCACCCCUAUUUUCAUGUAUAUCUUUGGAAAAGCUUAAUAUCAGCAACAACUACUUGUCAGACCUUGAGAGUGUCAUCACAUGGUUUAGUGGAUGUCACAAACUAACUGAGUUGUCACUCAGUGGAAAUCCAGUUCUCCAAGAAAAAAGUUGGAGGUGUUCCCUACUUAAAAUACUUCCUAGUUUGCAAUUUCUUAAUGGUGAAAACCUAAAUUCUCCUGCAAAGCUCUCAACUGAAAGAAUCAAAGCGUCAAAACCAGGAAGCUUUUUGAAAUUUUGUCAAGCCCAGAUUGAAGAAAUUGACUUAAUAAAAAAGAAGACCACUGAACAAGGAAAUGCUUCUGCCUUGGAUGCUGCACAGAGUCAGUGCUGGUAUUUUAAGGAGCUGAUGAAACUUAGUAAUGAACACCGAUGUGCACAUGAAUAUGGAGACCUAAACAUUGCUGACAGAGAUGAACCAGAAGCACAGCAAGAUCAUUUGAAGCAAACGGCCACCGACAGGCUACAGCAAAAUAACCUCUUUAUCGCUGGUGCAAAGGAAAAUAAGCAGGGCUUGUUGAAUCCUUCUGAAAGAUGGAUUACUACAUGCCACAUUCAGCCUAUGUUCAUUAACUCCUCCGUACCUGUGCCUCAAAAAAAAAGUAAUCAAGAGCACAAAAUAAAGAAGAAGAGUACUGAAUGUUGCAUCAGUCACAAAGGGGAGCACAAAGAUAACAGAAAAAUAUCAACCCCAAAAACAAGAAACACAUUCAGAGAGACAGUCAUUGCAAGUAAUGAGGGAGAGAAUCUCCAUUAUGUUGAGAACAGUGUGGAAAACUUGGCAGCUACACUAAUCCAGUCAUAUUGGCGAGGCUACAUAAUUCGCAGAGAUAUUAAUUUCUGUGCUAGACUACAUAUGGCAGCAACAGAGAUCCAGUGUGCUUGGCGGAAGUACCGUGCCAGGAGAAACAGUGUCUACUGCAAAAAAGAAAGUAAUCAACUCACAGAUGCUAUAGAACAGAAGCAUAAAGCUGCUACCCUUAUUCAGGCAUUUUGGAAGGGUUUCCUCUUGCGGAAGAAACUAGCCAGUGCUCUUGCAGCUGUUAAAAGUGAUGAAGUGGAGGAUGACUAUGAAGAAGUAAAUGUGGAUGAUUUUACAUUUGAUGAAGCUGCCUUAGAGAGAGAAUGGCUAGCUUUGGAUUCCACCCGCUUCCCUUCAAAAACACUGCUGCUCACAAACCAGCUGCACUGGCCAAAGUAUGCUAGGCCUCAACGUUCCGAUCAUAAUUCAUUUAAUUUACCAUGGCCUCCCCAUGAAGCCUGGCAGUGUGAUGAGAGACCACAUUCAUUGUCAUCAGAAAACACCCAACUUAGGAGCAGGUCAGACAAGAGAGCUAUGGCAGGUCUCUCUGACUUGCAACCCAGAAAUAAGUUGUCUUUCAAAUCGGAAAAAGAAGAGAAAAUUUCAGAAGAAUGGGGUUUUAAAGAUAUUGCCACUGCACAGCUAAUGCUGAAGAGGGCCCAUAAAAUGAAAUCCAAGAAAUCUAGUCAUAAAAAUCUAGACCCAGCUGUGCGCCUGGCGUUGUUCAGAAACAAUGAAAAUAAACAUCCCCCUGUGAAACCACCAAGGAAGAGACAGCCAGCAAAAGAGACAGCCAGCAGUUACUUUGAAGGGAGGGAAGAAGAUAUUGUCCACUUGGAUACCACUUCAGCUGAGAAAUUACAAAGGAGCAAAGAAUUUACAUACCAAUGGCUUCACACACAGGUCGGAGAUUAUGAAGCAACCAGUUUGAGCAAUGUUAAAUGCAAUCGCUUCUUGCCUGACUUAGAUCCAGACAUACUCAAUGGUGGACGAGUUCAGCUAGUGGCAAGCCCUGUAAGCAGAGAAGACGCGGAUUUAGACCUUAUUUCCAUGAUCAGUGGAAGUGCUUUGACUCAGAACAGAGAAAAAAAUAAUCAGCCACACAGACACUCAGCAGGAUCUUCAACAAAGGACAUAUCUGCUUCAGAAAGAACAAACCUGGGUCCAUUUCAUAAAGAGCGGAUAUCGUUUCGAGACCAUCCAGUCCGGCUCAGUGGGGGAUGGGGAAGUGGCAAGAAGAAGGCAAAACCUUUAAAGAAUUAGUUUAAACUUCAACAUGCAAAAUGUGUGGAGAGCUGUUUCUUUUCAAGAGGUCUGUGAUUAUCAGUUAUUUCAGGAUUCUAGAUAUAUGUUACCAAUUAGAUACACAGUUUCAGAGAACUAUGUUUGAUUUAUUUUACCCUGCAUGUUUUGCAGGUUUUUUGUUUUGUUUUUGUUUUCUGGUGACGAUCUUCUAUACCUAUCAGAUUUUGUAUUUGCAAUUGCUUCUGUGUUCAUGUGGCAUGGAAUACAGAAUCCAUUAACUUCUGUUACUAUAAUGUGAUUUGUGGGUUUACUCAUAACAACUAGUUUAGAUGUAUAAAUGCAAUCAUAGGUCAUGAUUAUUAUUGAGGAUGUGUGUUAGAAACUGAAGUACUGAUUUCUUCUAAUACAAUAAUAAUAUAUAUCAUGUUUAUACUUAUGAACUGAGUUGUGAACUCAAAUGGCUCCCUGAGAAAAGUCUACAUGUAUAUAUUAUUGAAGAAACAAUGGAAAUUCUCAGCAUGUUAGAAGCUUAUAAACUGCAAGUAUUUGUUUCUAGUAAGAUGAGAGGUGCAUAUGAAUUCUAAUGCGAAAUUAUGUUAGUACUGUUCUGUUGUGACGCUAAGGCAAGCUGCUAAUGUUUUAUACUUUCAAGGACUUCUAACAUUGUUUUCAGUGAAAAGUUGAGUUCACCAUCCUGAAAUUCUCUCCUGUGGUAGUGUAGCAUUACAUCUCUAGGUCAAUGAUAGGCAGUCUCUAUUUGUUCAAGUAAUUGGUCUCAUUCAAACUAAUGCACGCAUGCGUAAAAGUAUUGUGAGACAGCUUUAAUGAAAGGUUUCAGAGUAACAGCCGUGUUAGUCUGUAUUCGCAAAAAGAAAAGGAGGACUUGUGGCACCUUAGAGACUAACCAAUUUAUUUGAGCAUAAGCUU